AUGAGCUCUUACGUAGCCAACUCGUUGUUUAAGCAAACUCACGAUGAGUCAGCCUUCGCUUUGCACAACCAUGGCUACGGAUCUAAACCCGAACUCAACGUGUCCGGCUACAGUGGUUAUGGAGGGCAUGAUCACCGCGGGUCAUUUGCGUCCCCACCGUCCUCGAGCUCCAUUGGCAUGGGAGAGAUGAACGCUGUGCUGCGUGGCAAUCCUGGUGACCUUACACCACGGCCAGAGUCUUCUACAGAAGACGCUACCCAGAGACGCAUCAUGAACGAGCAGACAAGCGGCCAGGGAUCUCUAAAUCUCGGACUGUAUCGUCGAAAACCCGUGAUGGACUCAGAUUUGUGCGAAAUGCCCAUCCGCAAGACACAAACAGGAGAGAUCAAAGUCGGAACUUUGCAACCCGUGCAGCCAGUAAGACAAGCAAACCAUUCGACUCAGCCACAAACCAGCGAACAGCAACCACAAAUAUAUCCCUGGAUGACUAAACUACACAUGGGUCACGGUAAAGUUUGAUGUUUCUUUUCGCUUGAUUUUGUACAGAAGGGAGAGUGUCCCUCUCACCCUCUCUCCUCCAUGUGUUCUAUCUUUUUUACCCUCUCUCCUCCAUUCACAGUUUUUCUUCCUUGAGUUUUAUAGGCCGUAUUCGUAAAUAAUAAAACUCGCAGUCAUAAAUUGUAUGACAAAGGCAUCAAUUGCUCGUAAAACUGUCCUGUUAAAACGAAAAGGCGAUCUGCGUCCAGAUUUAUGACAGGGUAAUUGGAUAAAGGAGACACAAGUCUCUGCAAAACCUCAACAAACAAUGUGUGCGUUCUAUAUUUAGAACCAAAACAACAUAGUAUGAUAAGCAUGAUCCUUAUUUUUAGGAUAUUUGAAAUGAAGGGUGAGAUUGUGGAUUUCACUGUACACGCUUUAACUGAACGUUUCUAAUGUAAGAAAAUGUGUAUUUAGGCUACUGGCCUUGGCAACUUAUUGUGUGUUAUACAACAGGGCAUGUAGGCUACUUUAGAGGGACAAAGGAUAUUUCUGUAACUGUAACAAUCCUUGCCCUUGUUUUAGUUGUUGUUAAAAUAAUAAAUAAUAAUUAUAAUAACAAUACUAUUAUUAGUCAUAGGCCUAAUAGUAAUACAAUCACAGUGGUUUCAUUGAGUAAACCCGAAUGGCCACAUUUUGGGUUUUUUGUUAACUAAUAUAGCUCCAUAUUGAUGAUCAUUUAUCCAGCCAUCCAGCUAUCCUUACAUUCAUUAGGCCAUACAGUAACUUUAAAACUUUAAUGUAAUCUUUUGACAUGGGGAUAUAGUCACAGAAGAGUGACUUACAGGCUGUGUUUUGCUAUUCAUUCUUAUCCAUUGGCAGACUACAAGUCAUUGCAUGUCCAUUGACAAGUUAAGAUAUAUUUUAAGUGAUAAUGUUUAUUCUGUUUUUAUAUGAAAAGUCCAGUGCGAUCACACAUUUUCUCUCAAUUACACCACAGAGGCUGACGGCAAAAGGUCAAGGACGAGUUACACACGCUACCAAACUCUGGAGUUGGAGAAAGAGUUCCAUUUCAACCGGUAUCUGACGCGUCGUAGGCGCAUCGAGAUCGCCCAUACGCUAUGUCUGAAUGAGAGGCAAAUCAAAAUCUGGUUCCAGAACCGCCGAAUGAAGUGGAAGAAGGACUCAAAGCUUAAAAUUAAAGAGUCCAUCUAA